AUGCCUAAAAGAAAGAAGGUUAAAAGAAAUAAACCAGAAGUAGUCUUUCAAAACUACUUCAAUCACAACACUUUGAAAAUCGAAGAUGUACCUAAGGAAAAUGAAUUGUUUAUGGACCUGAGCAAUGUUAUUACCCAAAAAAUUAUUGCUUUGAAAGCACCAAAUGAUGUGAAGUUGGUAUAUUCUGGUUCAAAAACUGAUGUAAAGUUAGAUCAAAUCAAAGAAGUAAUUAAUCAACCCGUUGACUUUUUUCCAGAAUUUAUAUCAAGGGCUGAGGAAGUCGAAUUGUCUUACUACAGGAUCAAUAAGACUAUGACUAGUCAAGAAAUUCGUAAUGAAUUUGAGCAGAGCAAAAGCUGUGAUCAGCCAAUUUUGCAAGAAUUCAAGUCCAUCUUACACAUAGAUCAGUCAAGUUUGGUUUUUGAAGAGUCUGUCAACACAAAUUUGAGAAUCACUGACUCAGAAAUGACUGGGAUUCGGUAUGAAACAGAAGGAGUUGUGGAACAACAAAGUGUCAUACGUGAAGAGUGUGACUUUGGCUCUUAUUUUUGUUCACAUUUCAAAUGCAUUGAAUCACGAAAUAUGUCUUUUAUGAAAGCUCCCAGAGAUAAUGUUUUAGUUAGCAAUGAUGAUGUUUUUGAUUGCAGGAUUUUGGAGAUUUCAAAGACCAUAAGUUUGUAA